AUGAUGGGAGAUGUUAAAGCGGCGGUUGCGAUGCACGAGCUCCUCUAUCAAGUCCAACAACGUCAUCAUCUCCUACCAGAGGCCUUCACACUUGAUUUUAAUGUCCAUUGGGGCCAGCAUCUUAUGCGGCCAGAACUAAUUGAGUCCACAUACCUAUUACACCGCGCAACUUUGGACCCUUAUUACUUGACUGUAGGCGAGCACUUAGUAAAUAGCUUGAACAAGCACACGAGGGUUAAUUGCGGCUUCGCUGCUAUAGAGGUUAGUCCAGUAUAUUAA